AUGCGAGACAUAUGGAAAACUGGUAAAAAAUGGGAUGAAGCUAUUCCUACAGAAAUCCAAACAGCGUGGGACAAAUUCAAAGAAGAACUGCCAAUAAUAGAAAACCUGCAACUACCACGAUGGUUCCAGUAUAAUCCAGAGCAGCCCAUUGAACUACACGGAUUCUGUGAUGCAUCGCAAAGAGCCUAUGGAGCAGCAAUAUACACCAAAACAGUCGUGAAGGACAAAACCCAGACAACAUUGCUAGUAGCCAAAACAAAAGUUGCACCUGUAAAAAACAAAUUAACUAUCCCGCAAUUGGAACUUUGUGCCGCAACAUUAUUGGCGAAACUGAUGAAACGAACAAUUACAGCCCUGAAAAUCGCCGACAUAAAUAUUUACACAUGGUCAGACUCAAAAGUUGUGUUAGCCUGGUUACAGAGAACUCCGAGUAAGCAAAACGUCUUCAUAGUCAACCGAGUCAACGAAGUUCAUCGCUUACUAGGUCAAGUUCAAUGGAACUACGUGAAAUCGGAGGAGAAUCCAGCUGAUUUACUAUCCAGAGGCGCGCUACCCAGUAAACUCCAGAAAAACACAUUAUGGUGGAAUGGACCUGCAUGGCUCAAAACAUCAAGUAGUAAAAUCAAGAGAGCUGAAGGGAUUCCAAAAGAAAUCGUAAUGAAUAACGAAGAAUUUCAAGAACUAACGGUGUUUAUCACCAAGACCAAUGGACCUCUAGAAUUGUUAACAAAAUUUUCAUCCUGGAAGAAGACAAAACGAGUGAUGGCCUAUUGCAAAAGGUUCAUAGACAAUUGCAGAUCCAGGAAUGCGUCCGAGUUACCAAAAAAGCGAGUACCCCCAUUCAUCACACCGACCGAACUUCAAUGGGCGAAAACAACACUCAUAAAAUUGGUCCAGAAUGAACAUUUUCAAGAAGAAUUAACCAGAUUAAGCAACAAUCUAACUAUCAAAAGGACUGAUCACCUUAAAAACUUGGACCCCUACAUAGACGAAGAGGGAGUGCUUCGUGUUGGAGAUAGACUACAAAACUCAUCACUGCGCUUCAACCAAAGACACCCAAUAAUUCUACCAACAAAAUGCCAUAUGACUGACAUAAUUAUCCAAAACGCACACUACGAAACCCUGCAUGGAGGAACACAACUGACAUUCAGUCAAGUUAGACAAGAACACUGGAUACCACAUGGAAAAAAUAAAAUCAAACACAUAAUAAGGAGUUGUAAGCAUGCCUCAACUCUCGCCCUCUUAUCCCAAUCACCGAAAAUCCACAAGAAUUAG